AUGAGCGCCGACGAAGCUGGAGACACAACCCCCAUCUCCGCCACAAAUGGCGAACCUCAUCCCGACCCUGCUACUAAUGCAACCUCUGGGAAACGGAAGCGCUCCACUCAGGACGACAAACCGAGCACUGAUUCAAGUGCCACCGCCUCGCGCGAUCGAGCAAAGCUCCAUGAAACUCUUCGCAGCUUGAUUGAGCUUCUACUGAAGCAUGACACCGAACUCCAACUCCUCUCUUGUCCCUUCCCAAAUACAACUGCUAAACCUCGAACGAAGCGCGCAAAGGUUUCUGGCGAUCCAGAAACCUCCAACAUCCAAACACGCGUCAAUUCGGGCAAAUACAACACGUUGCAAGAGUUUCUUUCCGACAUCGAAAGAGCAUCAGCUGCUGUAAUUGAACGUAAUCAAUCUCAGUCCAAUGGCGCGAAAGAGGAUGGGGCACCCUUGAAUGAGGUGGUCAACCGAAUCGCAGCAUUCAAAAAACAUAUGAACAGCUUGAUUGGCCAAUCCUUCGUCAACCAACCCGAGGUCAAAACAGAGACAAUGGAAGACGAUACCGACGAAUCAACAGAGCUUCACGCGAUCAAUAUCUGCCAGCGAGAGGAUAAGCCGGCUCUGACACUCUUUGGAAACCCAUCGAAUCCCAAGCAGCUAUUCUCAAGUCUUCAAAAAUCGGUGAAGGUGCCGUUGCAGUCCGAAUCAGGACCUGAGAAGUUUGUUGAAGUGCAGGAGGAGCUGCGCGAGGUCGCCCUGCCUAAUGGCAUUACAGCCACCAAAGUCAUCCCUUACAACCUUGAUGCUGCUCAACCAUCGAAGCGAACAUUUGGGGAGGUGUUCGCUCCACGCGAAACAUUACCAAAGCUGGAACCUCCGCGCAAACGAUCUCACCGGGCUAAUUCGACCACAUGGACGGAUCGCUUCGACGCCACUUUCGAUGUCAGGACAUUUUUGGGAGAGCGCAGCAACUACUGCCUAGCACCUCUCCCUUCAACCCAAUGGCUUCAAUACGGUGGAGUCACAUCAUCACCGUCCUACUGGGACCGUGUAGAAAAGCAUGCAGAAUCGGAUAAUGUUCAUCGGCAUGGCGAUCCUGCCCUUUGGACUGGCCCUGAUUCAUCUGCUUUCCAGGGUGUCUUCUCGUCAUUUGCUCCUUCUUACGACAGCUCUGGCGCGAUUGUACAGCUCGCUUCGAAGGAUAUGGUUUGGUGGGGACAACGGGGUGCGGACCGCGUGAACACCUUGCUGUCGGUCCCAUGGGGAGACGUCAAACAAAAUGCCACUCAAACCGCCCAGCCUGGCAAUAUUGGUGAACUUGAUGAGAGCAUUCUGGAUGAAAUGGUUGAGUCAUUCAACGCCCAAGACUUUGCUGGGGACAUCAUGGAGACCGAUCCGAGUAGUGAAGUCGACCCGGAAUCAAAAGAGAUCAAGCAAAUGCUUCAGGAAGUUUCCGACUUGCUCGACACUCUUAGUUCCUAUCAGCGACUUCGAAGUCUCAAACUUCCCUCUGAUCUCCAGCCGCCUGUUCAACAAGUGCCUGAGUUGAAUGAAACCCCUGGCCUUGAUGUGGGGGAUGUGGACACGCCCUCUGAAGAAGAGGCCCUUGUGUAUGAUACCCUCAAGUCAAGCCUUGCUGCAAUCGUCAGCAACUUGCCACCUUAUGCUGUCGCUAAAUUGGACGGUCAUCAGCUCGCUGAGUUGAAUAUCAGCCAAAAGGUUCUGAUUGACACUCCUGACUACAACGGCACCAUGGAAAAGGACGAUUUCACUUUGUCACAAGAAAGGGCUGCAGCAUUGCUCGCCGCAGCCAGUGCCGCAAAUCGAACUUCAACGCCUUCUACCUCGCGGCCUAGUAAUUACCAAGGCUCUCACAGUGCCUACAACCAACGUGCCUUUGCUUCCAAUGCUCGGGUUCCGCCUCAGCCCGGGUUCCAGGUCACGCCGCAGCACGCACGGCAGCCCUCUGCGCCAACUACAUACACGCAUGCUUAUGGUGCGGGUCGUCCACCGAGCACACCCAGUCAACGUCCAGGCGGCACUCCUCAAUACGCGCAAAUCAACCCGCAGUACAGCCAGGGCAGCCAGGCUCCCCAAUACCAGCGCCCUGCUUCCAAUGGAUAUGCCCAAGUGUCUCCACAGCCUUACACACCACAGCCCAGGCAGCCAGGCACAUUCAACGCCACGCCACAGGGACGCACGCCCUACGCGACUGCAACCUCGAACCAGCGAGCUCAGUACCCAGGCCAAACUCCUUCACAAGCUGGCUACUCAAACUCCGCCGCUAGUGCCACAUACUCUCGUAGUGCGGCCGAACAAGCUGCGCUGAUGGACAGGAACAAGGCGCAACUGGCAGCUCGACAGACAGGAGGCCACAGUCCCUCAACGCCUCAACCUCAAGGGCUGGAUGCCCGUGCUUCCCAAGAAGGCAGCAUAACACCAGGGAGCAAAGCAAAUGGGACCCCCCUUUCGACGUAG